AUGCCUCCUAAGAGUAAAAAACAAAAAGAGGUCGUCCAGGACGAAAGAUUCCAGGCCAUUGUGCUCACAGACUCGUUUGAGACUCGGUUCAUGCCGCUCACGGCAGUCAAACCCCGGUGUCUACUUCCUCUCGCCAAUGUGCCUUUGAUUGAAUACACCUUGGAGUUUUUGGCCCGUGCGGGAGUUAACGAGGUUUACUUGAUGUGUUCUUCACACGCUGACCAGAUUCAAGCCUAUAUCGAGCAGCUGAAAUGGGCCAACAACCCGAUUUUUUCUGUCACCACCGUCAUGAGCUUGGAAUCAAGAUCCGUGGGUGAUGCCAUGAGAGAUUUGGACAACAGAGGCCUCAUAACCGGCGAUUUCCUCUUGGUGUCCGGUGAUGUCGUCACCAACAUUGACUUUGCUAAGGUCAUGAACUUCCACAAGCACAAGAAGACCUCCGACAAGGAUCAUAUUGUAACUAUGGUACUUACCAACGGAAGUCCAUUCCACAGAACCAGAUCCCAUCUUGAUCCGGCCGUUUUUGUCUUGGAUAAAAAGAGCAAUCGUUGCCAUUAUUAUCAGGGCAUCCCGCCCGCCGAGGGCAAGAAGUCCAGCAUCAGCAUCGACCCCGAGCUUUUGGAGGAUAUCGAGGACGAUUUCGUUAUUCGGAACGAUUUGAUCGACUGUCAUGUGGACAUUUGCCUGCCACACGUUCCACAAAUUUUCCAGGAGAAUUUUGAUUACCAAACACUCCGCAGCGACUUCGUCAAGGGUGUUUUGACUUCGGAUUUGCUCAAAAAGACUAUAUACGCCUACAUCACCGAUGGCUCGGAGUAUGCUGCUCGUGUAGAGCUGUGGGCUACUUACGACGCCGUGCUGCAGGAUAUUUUGGGCCGCUGGAGUUAUCCAUUGACUCCGGACUGCAAUAUGUUCACUGAUACCUCCUACAACUACGAAUAUUGCAACAUUUACAAGGAAGACAAGGUUGUGUUGGCGCAGUCGUGCAAGAUCGGCAAUAGCACAUGUAUUGGCUCCAAGACAACCUUGGGAAACGACACAGCGGUGUCCAAGUCUGUCAUUGGCCGCAACUGUCGUAUUGGUGCCAACGUCACCAUCAAAAACUCCUACGUGUGGGACAAUGCGGUGAUCGAAGACAAUGCGGUGAUCGACCAUGCGAUUGUGGCUGCCUCUGCUGUUGUUAAGAAGAAUGCAUCCCUUGCCAGCGGCUCCGUCAUUGGUUUUAACGUUGUAAUCGGUGAAGAAAUGCAUGUUACCCCAGGCACAAGAAUCGCCGAGAAGCCACUUGAACGUGACGAGUUCAGCGAGUCGUUUGAGUCCGACGAGGAGACAGAAGCCACCCUGAAUGUCAAAAUCGAGACCAAUGUAAACGACGUGGACUUAGUCGGUGACGAUGGAAGAGGUGUAUUGUAUUUGUCCGACAAAGAUUAUGACGACGAGCUGGAACUGGAAAACAACUCUGUGAACAACUUCUCAGGUGUCAUGUACCAGUUGAGCUCGCUCAACGUGUCGGACGACUCGAUUGCGUCACUCUCCAAGCGGAAAGCAAGACGUCAUACCCGCCACAAUUCCAGAAGUUCCAGAAGAUUAUCAUCCACAUCCAUGAUGUCGGACGGCAACUUGUACUCUGAAGAGGAGGAAGAGGAAGACUUCGAGAAAGAGGCUAUUGCAACCGUCGAGAGAGCCAUGGAACACAACCAUGAUAUGGACACUGCAUUGUUGGAGCUUAACACGUUGAGAAUGUCGAUCAACGUCACAUACCACGAAGUCAGAAAGGCCACAGUGAAGGCUAUGGUAAAGAGGGUGGUGCAUUUCGUCUCUACAGAUACAUUGAAUGCCAAAGACGCCACGGCCAAGGUUUUCAACGACUGGGGUCUAUUGUUUCAAAGACAAGUGUUCACCAAUGAUGAACAAGUAGACCUCGCCCAAAUUUUGCAAGACGUUUGUGCUACUAUUGACGUUCAAUACGGUCAGAUUGUCUUGUUUGUUGCCCUUCGGCAACUUUACGAGUUGGAUAUUGUGGAGGAAGAUAGCAUUUUGAGAUGGUGGGACUCCGAGGCUUCUACCCAGACGGAGACCUUGACAAAGGUGAGAGAGUUGACCAGUCAGUUUGUAGAUUGGUUAAAGGAUGCCGAGGAGGAGAGUGAGGAUGAGAGUGAUUAA